AUGGUUACAACAACUAAAGAAAAAUCUAUAAAUUCUGCCAAAGAACCUCUUAGUCCAAGAAAACGGGCCAUUAAAAGACCGCUUUCAAAUGAUUUGGAAUCUUUAGAAAGCCGCAAAGAUAAUACAUUUAGUUUGGAUAUUUUUGCUACUCCGUCAGCUGCCAAAACGUCACGCCCCAUAGACAUCCCUAAAAAAGAGGUGGUAACAUCAUUACCCGCCAAUAAUAAUUAUUUAUUGGAUGAGGACACCGAAAUGUUACCUUGUGAAGAGGUCACCACUCAAUCAUCACCUGCAAUUACAAAUAGCGAAUCAGACCCCAAUAAGUUAUCAACUUUUGGUAGUAUUCGUUCGGGUAUUGUUAGCAAAAUUAAAGAGAUAUGUAAACUACCAUUUGGUAGUCACAAAACGGAAGAUAUUGCUACAAAAACUUCGAAUUUGUUAACUAAGACGAAUUUUAAACCCGCCAAAAAGACUGAAAAUAAAUUUGAACACAAUUCGUUUCCUGUUCAGCAAGCUUUAAGCGAGCUAAGGGAAGCUCAAAGGACAUUGGGUGCAGAUACAUCACAUAAUACCAGUUCCACAUCAUCCACGUCAUUAUUGAAUUUCGCCACACCACCAAGUACACCGAAAAAUCUGAAUAUUCCAGCGUAUUGUAAGGGAUCGGCCAAUUCCCGUUUGGAACGCCUAAGACAAUCUCUGUUGACGCAGCAGCAAUCCAUGCAGGCAAAUAGCUCGACUUGCUUCUCAUCACUGCCCAAUGCCACCAACACCAGUCCAGGGCCACCAAAGACAAUAGAGACAUCAUUAAAUGAGACAUCAACUUCCAUAUUUCAUACUGCCAAUAAUACUAUGGAUGAUGAAACUGAAGAAAUGGAUUGGGAACCAUUUGUAAAAGAAGAUACGUAUACCAUAGUAAUAUCAAGCAGUGAAUCAAAUUUACCAUUAGUAGCACCAAAAGAAUCGUCCCUAAAAUCCCUACCCGAAACAAUGGGAGAUAUUUAUGAUGCGGUUAAUGAAAAUCUAUUACGAUUGUCGGCGGAAAAGAAAUCCACGUCCAUGGGCAAUAAUAACAACAAAUGGAGAAAAGAUUACUACUAUUUUGUGGUGGAUACCAAUGUCCUGCUGGACCAUCUAAGCUUCAUUGAAGAUUUGACUCAAUUGAAAUUGUGUGAUACCAAAGGCAGUAUGCUAUACAUACCCUAUGGCGUUUUACAGGAAUUGGAUAAACUAAAAAUGCGUUCCGGCUGCAAGGAGGGUGUUAAAACUUUAGCUGUGCGUGCCAUUAAAUAUCUGAAUAAGAAAUUGGAAAAUAAAUCACAAAAUAUAUUGGCCCAAACUGCCUUAGAGGAACGUCAUCAUCUAAUCGAUGUCAAUUCGGCCGAUGACAGUAUCAUUAAUUGUUGUCUACAAGCCAAGGCUCAAGUGCCCAAUCUCCUACUGCUCACCGAAGAUGUAAAUUUACGCAAUAAAGCCAUAUGCAAUAAUAUUUUAGUUGCCACAAAAUCGGAUUUGUUGUCAAAACCUAGUAAAUCACAAUCUUGACCCCCCUUGAAUUGGUUGCAAAAAU